CUGACUCCUGCGACCCGAGUAGGUACACGUGAGGCAAAGGAACGACGCAAGACACUCGAGGGAGAGGGAGACCGAUGAAUGCCCGCACUGUCAGUCAGUGAGUGAACCACUGAGGGAGGCAGGCAGGCAGGCAGGCAGGCAGACAGAGAGGGAGGGAGGGAGUGAGUGAGUGAACCUGCGAGACUUCCAGCUCGCAAGGAAGGAAGAACGAAAGACGGCGAGCUGAUCGAUUAUUGAACGAUCACCGAAUCCUUGGAGACCCGACGUCACGAAAACAGGGUCAGGGUCACGGCUGAGGUUGCCUUGGGUUUGGAGAUGCGACUCUGACGAAGACGACGUAGAAGACGGCUUAGAAUGGGUGUGGGUCUAGGACUGCUCUGGGUCAGAGGAAUCGAAUAGCAUUGCUGGGGGGAACUGAUUGAGCCUACCCGCUCCAUCUGGUCAUUUAAAGCGCAAUCUGGCGCAGCGAGGCGAGGCUAAUCGAAGCGAGCAGGAGAGGGAGACUUUAAGAAAGGAAGGAAGGAAGGAAGGAAAGCAGCAAGGAAAGAUUAUGGAUGCGUGUUCAGCAGCGUGAGUGAGUUUGUGCAAUGGGCGAUCUUCGUCCCAUUAUUGACGAGCUGCUGGAGGCAUUGCGCAAGCAGGGUGGGUUUGGAUAUGUGGCUCUGACGGCGUUGGCGGAGAGUGGAGACAGAACUGCAGCUGGAGAGAUUUAUGAGAUGGCAUGGGAGCAACUCCACAGUGGCCCCUGGAGCGAAGUUCACAGUGCUUGGCGAGAUGCCUUUUCGCUCGCAUGUCUUCUCCUUUCCAACUGCAUAGAACGUGACGAAGGAGACCUAGAGCAAUGCCUGAAGUAUCUUGACAUGGGGCUCAUCAUGGGCGGGCUAGUCUUUCGAGCGCAUUUAGAAUCUGCCAUUUCCAGAGCUCAGAAAGCCAGAGAAGAUGAUGAAGAGGACGAUUCUCAGACUGGGAAUGGGGGAACGGGGGAUGAGAGUGAACAAAAUUACCGAAAUCGGAGUUUUGCCGAGAGUCUUAAGAAGCUACCAUCAGGUUCUCUGAGCCAGGCGCGAAUUAGAGCCACGUGUCUUCCGUCUCUUGAAACGUUUGCUCGUGAGUUCUUCCUGCCGGGGGAGCCUGUAGUUAUCAAAAGAGCCAUGUUAGACUGGCCAGCACUUACGAAGUGGAAGAACUUGGAGUAUCUGCGGAGGAUAGCUGGAAGUCGGACAGUCCCAGUGGAGAUCGGAGAACACUAUCUAGCACCAGGCUGGAAGCAAGAGCUCAUGACCAUAGGGGAUCUUAUCAACCGUUGCACUUCUUCUGAACUGUCCUCUACCAAUCGUCCUUAUCUAGCGCAGCAUAGUCUAUUCGACCAGAUUCCGGAGCUGAGGAAGGAUAUAAUUGUUCCUGAUUAUUGUGCGCUCGGAGGUGGUGAUAUGAAAAGUGUUAAUGCGUGGUUUGGUCCAGCCAACACAGUCACUCCACUUCACCACGAUCCUCACCACAAUCUUUUUGCCCAGGUUGUGGGACAAAAGUAUGUCCGACUCUAUUCCCCUGCACACAGUAGCCAUCUCUAUCCUUUCGCCGAGUCCAUGCUCAUGAACUCAAGCCAGGUCGACCUGGAUGGUCCAGAUUUGCUCAACUUCCCUGAGUUCGAGAAAGCAAGUGGCAUGGAGUAUAUCCUGGAGGAAGGAGACAUGUUGUAUAUACCACCCAAAUGGUGGCACUACGUCAAGUCGUUGAGUCCGAGCUUUUCUGUCAGCUUUUGGUGGGCUGUCACAAGUUCGGUGUCGAGUGACACCGAGUCUUAUGACGCCGAUGAUCGUCCAUGAUCAUGGUAGAGAUGUUACGCAGCUAGUCAUCCAGUGGGACGGAGAAAUUAGUGGAUGCUGACAUGGGUUUGCUAGUCGUGAAGAAGCGAAGUUCUCUGUGAACGUGGGUUCGAUAUUGUCAGACGUUCACGGUAUUGUAGAUAUAACAAUGUACACCAAUUUUUCUCAUCAAAGUUUUCUUGCGGUGGACAUGUUG